CCCUAUGAGCACUCCCUCAUUUCUACCUCCCUGUACUGGGAGCCCAAGGCUGACCUUAUUUUAGCCUUGACCUCAUUUCCUCUCAUCUGUUGGACAUCCCAAGUCACUCUGAGACGGGUAGGAGAGGCCAUACAGCAGGAAAAUUUGGCACAGAAUGCUGGGGAUAAGCUACAAAAAACACCCUCCCACACACACCUCCCACUCCAUCCCACAGGACACCACAGUAAAGGUUAGACCACUGCCUCAUCCCAAGUAUCUAGGUGCUUAGAAAUGUUCUACAGAGCUGGGUGGCUCUGACCUGUGUCUCAAGGGGUAAUAGGCAAGAUGGCAGCCCACUCAGCUCAGCCCUGUGGUCAGGCUAAGCAACCUCUUGGGACACCAACAACUAUCACCACUACUGUCUUUUGCUUUGACUCCUGUCUGCAUCCCUCCCAGGCUGCUGGCAUAUUUAAUUGGCCUCUAGAGGAGAGAAAGUCUGGCUAAGGUUCAGGUCCCAGCUCCUAGCAGCCUCCCAGUAGACUGAUUGGUCAAUGAACCCCAAGUUUGUCCUCGGGCGUUCUAGUCUCCACCGUCCCCCAGCCGAAGGAGGGGAGCACGCAGCAGUCCAGUGGAUUCUCAGACUCUGGUCCCCAGGGAUGCAAGAGGACAGCCCCAAGUCUAGAGGGGAGUUGUGUGUGGCCUUAAAUAAUGGAGUCGGUGGCCAAGCACGGAUAAGCAGAGUCUAGGGGAGAGACCUCGAAUUUCUGCAGCCCCAAACAACUUAUCCAACACCCCAGAGCCCACCGCUUCUCUAGAUGCCAAGGGCCAACUAGCACUUAAGUCCCGCCCCCUCCAAGAAGCCAACGGAGAACAAGAUCAGCACCACUUCUGGCUAGGAUACUGGUUGACGCCCGCAGAGCGUGGUGACGCACUUCCUUCCAAUGACGAACCCUGCUCAGGCGGCUUUCGACAGGCGGCGCUGGAGGCCUCAACCCUUUGCGAUUGACAGUUGGCCCUGCGUGUUAUGGGAACCGAGGCCCUUGGCUCCGCCUCUUCCUCUUUCGUCAAUUCCGGGUAGAUUUCCGUGUCCGCUCCGGUCUUACGUGAUGACGUAUACGUAAAGGUUACACCUCCCGGCAAGCAGUAAGCAUUGGCCCAUUGCCUUCUGGGAGUUGUAGUUCCUUGGGCGCUAAAGUUGCAACAUUCAGACAGCCGCAGACUCGGUUUCCCAGAAAGCCCAGCGAGAGCGGGCGGGGCCACGGCCCGUAUCCCGCGGAACCGGCGGGACGCUGCGGGUAAGGUGGCUGGCUAUUGCAGCGUCCACAGACUGUCGAACGGUGAGCGCUGGCUUCAUUAGGACCGCGCGACCAGGCCAGACCCCUGCCAGCUCUCCCUCCGUACCCGGAUGGUGCCUCCGGUGGCUCUGUGUACCCGGAGAGGCUGCGCUCUGCUGAGAGCCGCCUGCUGCUCCACAUCAGUGCGCGCGAGGACACACUUUAUUCGCCACCCGGCUUCGCUAGGCCUCCUCCCUCCUGCGCGACCAGCCAGAGCCCGAUUGUGAGCGGAGGCGCCUGGCACAUAGUGGAGGUGGAGAGGGUUCCAGGUCAGCAUGGCAGAGGCGGAGACUGGCGUGGAGACUGAGGAACCCACCGAAGAUGACACCCUGCCUUCGGACACCGUCUCACUCAGCGACUCGGACUCCGACCUCAGCUUACCUAGUGGUGCUGAGGUGCAAGUGUUAUCCCCGGAAAGGAUUUCCGGGGAAGCCCAAGAGGACUCCGGCCCUGAUGAGCCUCCCUCACCCCACACGGGCGUCCCCACCACCGCAGUUGAGCCGUUCCACCUCCGCGGCAUGAGCUCCAUCUUCUCCCAGCGCAGUCACAGCAUCUUUGACUGUCUGGAGAGUGCAGCCCGGCAGGCACCGCCCUCUGCGCCCCAAACCAGUGUGACUGACAAUGGCAGCUUCAAGCGACCUGUGACUCCCCCAAGUCAGACUCCGACAGGGAAUCUGAGCAGAGUGCGUGGGAGCACAGGCCCAACCAGGGUACCUCCUGUGCCUGAUUAUGUGUCACAUCCUGAGCGUUGGACCAAGUACAGCCUGGAAGAUGUGGCUGAAGCCAGUGAGCAGAGCAAUCGUGCUGCUGCUCUGGCCUUCCUGGGCUCUCGAAGCCAGGCAUCCCCCACGGACUAUGUACCCUCCUUCAACCAGGACCCCUCUAGCUGUGGGGAGGGGAGAGUGGUCUUUACCAAACCAGUGCGAGCCGCUGAAAGGAAGAGGGUCCUAAAGAAGGGGGAUGUGUCAAAUGCUUUGGGUGAGGCCUCUGUGGAGCUGGCCCAUCUGGCUGGGCCUGAGCCUGAGGAGUGGAGUGGCCACCAGGGACUGAAAGAGGUACUGAUACCUUCAGGAGCUGACCAUCCCGGGUCCGCAGUAGACCCCACAGGGAUGGAGGCUGUUGGUUUCCAUGGCAGCAGGAAGCGGAGCAGAGAACACUUCCGGAACAGAGACAGUAACCCCGAGGGGCCAGGGUCUGAGAAGGGACCCUCAGUUUGACUGCAGUCCAUGUGGGAAGCUGUGGCUGUUUGUAGGAGGGGCGUGUGUGCAGCAACUCUGAUUAAGACUGGGGAUUAUGGGACCUUGUGCCCCAGUUUCUUGGGGUGAAAAAUAAAGGUUUGGGAUAUUUCUUGAA